UUGCGCUCCCAGGCAGUAAGAACAAAUCGUCAAUACAUUGAGAGAGAGAAGAAGAAAAAAAAAGGCAAAUGCGAGUCCCUGAGGAGCGCUUCUGCGUUUGUAUGCACGGGGAUUGGCAACACAACGGGGCUUAUUUACAUUAAAUACGCCACAAGGUUACAGUGCAGAUAGAUGAGCGUCAUUUUUAUCACUCAUUACUUCUCUUAAGCGGUGACUGACGCUCAGGACGCACGGGAGGCAACACUCAUUUAUCCUGGAGUUUUUUUUAAGGCGAAGAGAAGAGGGGGAAAGGCUCGAAACAGUUGAAUUUAAAGGCUCUUGUCGUCCCACCUUCUGUGGAGCUGUCGACACUCUUUCCUGACAUCCGGCGUUCGUUGGAGCGGCGGGCGGGCGGCAGGCGCACAGGGCUCCCCGAUCAGUGCCGACCAGAAGCUGAGCAGAAGCUGAGGCUGGCUUAACGGGGCUAAGCACACUGUCACGCUGUCGAAGAAACCACCCCCCACCCGACGUCUGAGGUGGCCAUUCCAGCGAGCAGCAGUCAGUCAGGAGUGACAGUGAGACGCCACUUGAUCCUAACAGACAGGUUGCACUCCAGUAUGCAGUUUGAGUGUUAAGGAUGGAGGACUCAAGUUUGUGUCUCGGUGUGUCGUCAGCGGUGUCUGAUGCCGACGCCCAUCUGAGCAGUGCAGUUUUAAAUGGCCGCUACCCCAUCAGUCAAAAGCUUCACCAGCUCACCGCCCAGCUAGGACACGCCUUCCCUGAUCUACACCGCCCACAACAGAUCCCUGAAGAGAAAGCAGCCACGCCUUUAGACGAGAAGACCCACCACGCAGCCCUGGCCAGUCAACCCAUCAGCAGUCAGAUGGCCCUGCUGGCCAAUCAGCUUAACCGAGACAUUGAUGCAGGGGCACUGAGUGGGUUGAAUGGGCGAGUUGAUCUGCAGCAGUUCCUCAAUGGCCAGAAUUUGGGCAUCAUGUCCCAGAUGAAUGAUAUUGAAGACGACGCUCGCAAGAAUAGGAAGUAUCCCUGUCCAUUGUGUGGCAAGCGCUUCCGUUUUAACAGCAUCCUGUCGCUGCACAUGCGCACACACACAGGAGAGAAGCCCUUCAAAUGCCCCUACUGUGACCACCGAGCAGCUCAAAAGGGCAACUUGAAGAUCCACCUCCGAACCCACAAGCUGGGCAAUCUUGGUAAGGGGCGCGGCCGUGUCAGAGAGGAGAACAGGCUGUUGCAUGAGCUGGAGGAGAGGGCCAUCCUAAGGGAUAAGCAGAUGAGAGGGAGCAGCAGUAUCCUCCAGACAGCUCAAACUCCCCAUUUGAGCCUUACCAGCAGCACCAACACCCAUCAGCAGCAACUAGGCUCGGCCUGUGGCCUCCUUCCCCCCUCUGGCCUUAUCACCCCAGACCCAAUAGCCCAGCCUUCUACUUCACCUAAGCCGGCUGGCACCCAGGAUGAACUGUCCCUUAACCCUGCUACAGGCUUUCGCUGCACCUUUUGCAAAGGGAAGUUCAAGAAGCGCGAGGAACUGGACCGCCACAUCCGCAUACUCCACAAGCCCUACAAAUGUACUCUGUGUGAAUUUGCUGCCUCUCACGAAGAAGACCUGAUAAGUCAUGUGGAGAAGGCCCACAUCACAGCGGAGUCCACACAGGGCCAAGGUGCGAGCGGUGGUGGUGGCGUGCAGAGCACCACUGAAUUUCGCUGUGAGGUGUGCGGCCAGGUGUUCAGUCAGGCUUGGUUCCUCAAGGGCCACAUGCGCAAGCACAAGGACUCAUUUGAACACUGCUGCCAAAUCUGUGGCCGUCGAUUCAAGGAACCCUGGUUCCUCAAGAACCAUAUGAAGGUGCAUCUCAACAAGCUUGCCAUCAAGAGCAAGCCGCCCCAGCCCAGUGAGCAGGAAAUAGCUGCUGUCAACAGCAUGAGCAAUCUGGCUCAAGAAGCUCAUGCCAACCUUUAUUCACGCUACAUCUCCUGUCUUCAGGGUGGCUUCCUUUCACCGGAGAAACAAGGCCUGAGUGAGCAGCAUCAAAUGUUGGCCAAGGCAGGCAUAGCUAUGAAGGAAAAGGAAAUGCUUGGAAAGCUUCUGGGGCCAAUGGCAGGAGGUAUGGGCCAUGGUCUGGGUGAAAAUGAAAAGCGCUCACUCCUGGGCUGUCUCAACCUCGUGCCACCGCUCAAGUCAAGCUGCAUGGAGCGCCUUCAGGCAGCUGCAAAAGUGGCUGAGAUGGACUCCCUCAACAGCUACCAAGCAUGGCAGAUAAUGGCCCGUGGCAUGGCCAUGGACAGGGCUUUCAUGCCGAAGGAGCAGCAGCAGCAGCAGCAUCAGCAUCAGCACCAGCACCAUAUAGCCCCGGGGCAGGAAGAUGAGAUUGGUGGUGCAGGGGCCUUGGCUUCCUUCUCAAAGGAAAAGCAAGAAUACUCCUUGAUUGCUUCAAAUGAUAACUCCAAGCAGAAGCAGAUAUCGGAGGCCUUGCAUGGAUCCAAGGCAGCUGGUGGAGCCAUGUUGUCCAUGAAGGAGGACGGAAGAGGCUUUGACAGUCACCGUGACUUAAUGUCUCACCAUGGUAGUGCAGAGGCUCCUGGAGCCAUGGCUGGCCUGGGAAGCCCAAACAUUGACUUCAGCCUCUCCAGCCUCUCUGGCCUGAAGGAGAAGCCUUCAGAGUGUCCCGACUGCGGCCGGGUCUUCAGAACCUACCAUCAGAUGGUUGUCCACUCCCGCGUCCACGGCAAAGACAGGCGAAGCAUCGAGGAAGCGCUCCAGCAACAAGGUCUGGAGGAGCGCCGCGGAUCGGCCAGCGACCCUGAGUCCCAGUCCAUUAGUCGCUCCACCACUCCCGGUUCAUCCAAUGUGACGGAAGAGAGCGGCGCUGGAGGAGGACACUCCCAGACAGGAAGCGUUCAGGAUGACAGCCCACAUCCCUCCUCACCAUCAUCAGAUGUCGGGGAGGACCUGGCGAAGGCAGCGGGGAGCAUCCAGCCGUCUCUGUCCCAGCACCGCGAGCGCACUCUGGCCUCGUCCUCCAAGGAUUGCCCUUACUGUGGCAAGUCCUUCCGCACCUCCCACCACCUCAAAGUCCACCUGCGGAUACACACAGGAGAGAAACCCUACCGGUGCCCUCAUUGCGACUAUGCCGGCACCCAGUCUGCCAGUCUGAAGUACCACCUGGAGCGCCACCACCGCGAGCGCCAAAACGGCUCCACCAACUCGGCCCCAUCCUCUGGCCACACUGCUUCGUCUGACCACAAAGAUGAUCAAGGGAAGACAGCCGGUGGCGGCAUCUUCGCCCGACCAGAUGUUCUCCGUAAUGUCUUCAAGAGCAUGCCUUCCAACCUGGACUUCAGGGCAGGUCCGCUGCUGCCCCAUCAGUGGGCGUCGGCCGGCAUGAUGCCUCCCCACGACCGAGAUCGUGAGCGUGGAGACCGCCGCUUUGACUCGUCCUCCUCGGCUGAGAACAUGAAAUCUGCUGACGGCGCAUCCUCGCUGGUCUCAACAGUGACGGAUGGCUUCUCUGACUUAAGCCGGGCUUACCAAAGCAUGAUGGGAAAUGGAGUCCACUUUCAAGGUUCUCUCCAGGCCUUCAUGGACAGCUUUGUUCUCAGUUCCAUGAAGAAGGAUAUGAAGGACAACCACAGUCCAGCACAGCUUCAGGCCCAUUGCUACAACGAUAACGGUGAGCCCAAAGCGAAGAGGGCGAUGUCUGCUGACCAGGAUAGAGAAGACAAGGCUGAAACCAAACAGAACUCAGUGCCUGGCAAACCAGGGUCCCAGUACGAACCACUUGAUCUGUCUGUAUCAGUCCGGCCUGAGUCUGCAUCUGGAUCCCUCCCGGGUUCCUCAGUAACCAUCCAUGAUAAUGUGGCGUGGCAUGGCUGUCUCUUCUGCUCCUUCUCCACCCCGUCAUUGGAGCUCAUGGCUCUGCACCUCCAGGCCAACCACCUUGGUAAGGCCCAACCACAGCGGUCUGAUAACGGAAAGGAGCUCCAUCUAGAGGCUUCUACUACCAACUCCAACAACAACAACAAGAUCUCCGCACUUGACAACAACGGGGAACGAGAUGGAGAGAAAAACCAAGGAGGAUGGAACAACCACUUGGACCAGCCCUACAACCCGUUCCAGAGCGACUUCUACAGGCGGUUUGGUGGCUUAUAUGAUGGAUCCUCAAGGGAACAGGGCCUUCAAGGGUUUAUCGCCCCAGUAGAGCAGGGUCUGGACCUUCCAAGCCAGGUCUUUGGAGUGGUCCUCGGUGUUGAGGACCAGAUGGGCGAGAAGGGCUCCUGUGGAGUUGCUGAGGAGGACCAGGUGGGAUCAGAUGAUGAGGUCGCAAAGGCCGGGGUGAACAGCGCCGGUGAAACCCCCUCAACCACCCCCAUGAGACAGCUGCAACAGAAUCACUCCGAUGAAGAAGAAGAGGAGGGGAGAGUGGCCGAAGAAGAGGAAGAAAGAUAUGAGGAUGGACACAUGGACAUGGAGAGAGAUGAAGACGGAACUCCAACUCUAGACCACAUCCAGAACCACCCCAAACAACACCAAGAUGACUCCCCUCUGACCCCAAGGAACGGAGGAGGUUUGGCAGCUUCUUCCUGCAUGAAAUCACUUUCUCUGCUUCCCCAAGCCAAGAAUCAAGCUCUUCCUCUGGAGAAGCAGUGGCAGCAGAGCCUGGGCCUCCUGUCUCCCGGAGGUCCUCCGGGACUGUUGAAGGCCGAGCAGCAGUCCCACCUAGAGCAGCAGAUGAACAUGUUGUCGGUCCUCAGAGCCUACAGCAACGACAACCUGCCUGCAUUCAAUGGCCUGGGAGGCGGAGCGGGAGGAGCAACCACAGGGGGCAUGAAGAGGCCAGACGCAUCUGGUGAGUGUCUUUAACCUCUACUGGCACUGUAACUGCUUUACAGGACAUAAACACGCAUUCACAGGCAGCCAUACUGGCAGAAAACCACACACAUACAAAGUCAUGAAUACACAUGUGUUUGAAAACGCAAAUUGAAUUUCCCCAGCACUGCAUAGACAUAAAACACUCAAGAAAAACACCCACAUUUUUUUCUCUUGACACCCACAAAGGAAUCUCAGACGCUCACUGAAGGCAUCGGGAUUGGCUCUGAAGUGAUUUCAGCCUUAUUUCAAGCAAGUUUAGAAGCUAUCAGCCUGGCGACUAGCAACAGAUUAAUCUUUAUUACACGUUUAUAUUACUGGGAGUGCAGCGCCUCCCUCCCGCUCCACAGCAUGGAGGGAAUAACCCUGAAUGAGUCAGAGCAGGACCCCGGCUCCCCUUGCCAUCUCCUGCACAUGUCUCUUAACUAUCUUAGCUCUCAUAAAGCCGGCUCCCAAAAGCCCAUUACUUUAUAAGACUCGUCGAUCUAUGACCCUGUGAAAAAUGAACUGUCAACUUUCAUGAUUCUGCUAAGGUUACAGCCGCUCCUUGAGACUGAAGAAGGAAGUUCUUUUUCUAUUUUUUUGCUCUUUCGCUGUUUAGUGCUGGUUGUUGAAGAGUCUCUACAGGAAGAAAGUAAAGAACCCCAAAGUUUGUUUUGGAGCUUUGAAACACUGAAUUAUACACGCUAAAGAGAAAUAAAAUACAAACAAAAAAUAUGGCAUUGAUCUAAAACAACAAUAAUAAUAAAUUGCCCACAUGAAUUAAAACUAGCUAAUCAUAUUGAAUAAAUAAGACACAUUAUUUAUUAUAGAGUAAUUCAGAGAUACUUAAAGAUACCUUUAGAUUUUGUCGGAUCCAACCCACAAAUUUGUUUUGCUGUUUUAUACUUAAUUAACCUUUUUUAAGCGUUGGCUUCAGUGUGACCCGCUAAAUUGUCAACACUCAUAUAGACCUCUUUGGAGUAUGUCCCUAGCAUGGGAAACAACUUGUUGUGCCUUUAAAUGUUAGUAUAGGAAACCAAAAACAAGGGGCUCCAUUUCUAUAUAAAUCCUUUGUUGAAGCAAAACUCAGACGUCUCUACAAAGUCUAGUAUAGCUGUGUUUUGUCAUUGCCGCCGGCUAGGUCGUACACAAGAAAACACCUGACAUAUCUCAGUAUUCAAUCUACUAGACAUGGCCGCAAAGUACCUAGUUGUACGCCUACCUAGUUGUAACCUUGAGACUUUCUUUAGUAUAGUCGCUGGGUUUUUCCACGAGGUAUACAAAGAUUUCCUGCCACUGUAACUUUGGCCGUUUAUCCUCAACCCCAUGACCUGAAAGUGAGUACAGCUCAGGAAACUCCACCCCCUUUGCUCAGGGUUAGCUUGUCACCAUAAGACAACAAUUCAAAUGAUUGGAGAUUGCGUAAAACAGGCUACCGUUAGCUAACUUCCUGCCACCAGUUGGGCUCCACCCACAAAACAAGUCAUCCCUGUGUACAAAAAGAAAAAUGGUCUAUAGUUUUUUGUUGACAAGAAAAUAACUUCAUAAUGCCUGUAAUAUGUGGAGCUCAGGUUCACAGAAGUACCAUUCAGGAGGACACAGUUAAGGCUACGUUCACUUCAUUAAUAACAGUGAUCCCUUAAUAAAGAAGUGCAGCUACAUAUGUUCAUCUGACCUUUCCAUCUGACUCAGUAGUAAGCGUUGUCAUGGAACCAAGCCGUCUGCAUAUCUGAACAUCACGGCUGCAUUUUAACCAUACAGGAUUGAUAUAUGUGUCAUCUAAUAGAGAAAUGGCUUUGUUUGACAAUGCCCUACUUAUUGUCUAAUCACAAAGCCUGUGAAAGCAAGCUGUGUAAUGUGGGCAGUUCCCUAUGUGACGAGGAAUGCUUGACCUUUAGAGAUAACGCUUUUUCUCUGAGGAACAAAGGCCUUUUUUUUUUCUUUCUUUUUUUUUUACAUGUUGUUGGUUUGUCCUCGUCUGAGUCAGGCAUUCAUCGUAAUUAAAAAGCUCAGAGAGUUUCUGUGUCCAACUUUUUGACAAAAAAAAGUCUCCAUUCAGACAUCAGCACAGGAAAGAAGCAUCAUUUAAAGUUUAUAGUAAAGACAACAUAAAUCUAUAUUAUGUGAUGUGUUUGUGAAUGAAUGUGUGAGUUCUUUGUUCUUAAUGACCUGAUAAACUAGCCUCCCAUCUCAGUCACCAGCUAUUUAUACAAUGUAAUCAGAUAAAACACAAUACGUUAUGCUGUAUUCAAUUCCAUCUCUAGGUAAAAUCGAUGAUUUGAAAAUGUGCAUGUGUUCUUAUUGAUGUUGAAAAGUGGAAUUUAAAUUAACCGGAAACCAGAACA